CAGUUCUACGAGAUGACAAUCUGUCAGGCGAGCCUUAGUAUCGCAAUCGCAUUGAACAGUAGAUGUAGUUAAGACAGCAAUUAGAACACAAUUUUCAGCGUAAAUAGUCGCAAAUAGGACAGUAGUAAUUUAGUUUAAACGCAAAUCGAACAAGUGCCAAACAAAAGUAGAUCAGCGAUAAGUUUUCAUAUUAAUUAGAUCAUAUACUUUUUCAAUAUCAACAAAUAACGACAACAUCCGAGAACAAGAAAAUGUCUUUUCAAUCGCCGAUGCCAAACCAACAAUUCCUAUGGGAAGUUUUUCAACGAGUUGACAAAGACCGAAGCGGUUACAUUUCAGCCGAUGAGCUACAACAAGCUCUGUCGAACGGAACAUGGGACUCUUUCAACCCAGAAACAGUGCGAAUGAUGAUCGGAAUGUUUGACCGGGAGAACCGGGGAAGUGUCAGCUUUCACGACUUUGGUGCACUUUGGAAGUACGUUACAGAUUGGCAAAAUUGCUUCCGAUCAUUUGAUACGGAUAACUCGGGCAACAUUGAUAAAAACGAAUUGAAAACAGCACUCAGUUCAUUCGGUUAUCGUUUGUCUGACAAUUUGGUUGGGAUGUUGCUGCGAAAGUAUGACCGAUAUGGUCGUGGCACCAUACUUUUUGACGAUUUCAUCCAAUGCUGUGUUACUCUUUACACGUUGACAUCAGCAUUCCGGCAAUAUGAUACUGACCAGGACGGAGUAAUCACAAUCCACUAUGAGCAAUUCCUCCAAAUGGUGUUCGCUUUGAAGAUUUGAUUGUCGCUCACAACGAGAGGUGCUGCAAAUUAAUCUAAAUCCCUCGAAACAUCUGAUUGUCGCUCUUUAAAAAAAUACCAAUCAGUUAAUUCAAUCUAAAAGUGGUCAAAUAUUCAUCAUUCACCAGCAAAACCAUAAAACACGUGCAAAUAGCAUUCUUAUUUAAGUUGGAAUUUGAAGACAUAAUUUUUAAUCAGUUUUGAUCAAGUAUGAAAAUGAUAUCGAACAGAUGAUCUAGUUCAAUCUCUAUGAUGAAAUAUAGAAUAUAAAACAUUUUUAUCUUCCGUUAAAUGUUAAUCUACAAAUGUUUCUCCCAUGAUGUCAAACGAUUUUACACACAGAGUGAAUAUAUUUUGUCAUUCCGGCACACCACACCUUUUUUUCAUAUUCGUCAGUGUCAAUUGACGUAGUACUCAUAUUAUUACUCUAUUUUACGACAUACACAUGAUUUUAUUAGAACAAAAAGGAAAUAAAUUCAUUUAAAACGAAACAAAAAGAAAUAGAUAUGAAAAAAACACUAUUUCAAACUAAAAUAAAGUAAUUUAAUUCCAUGAAAAUCAGUUCAAUUGUUGGUGAUAUUGAGAGUUUAUGUGCAAAAAAUACAUAUUACAAAGAGUGUCAAAAGACAGUAUAUUUUAUGUAACGUUGGUUUCGUGCCUCAUUUACAACAUUUUAAUCAGUUUAUAAAUAAAAAGCAAUUUUAAAGCAUUCAA